GACGCUUCUCGUCUUUGAGACCACGGUCUGCAGCUUGCUAGCUAGCAACGUUAGUUAGCGAACGUUAGGUAUUGCCCGAGGCGACAGGAUGGGUGUAUCAGAUUUACAAUUCGACACAAAUGCUGGACCCGUGGUGGAUCUUUCAUCCAGGGGUAUGCAAAAGCUGGAUCAGAGUUUCACCUGCUCAGAGGACACUCACACUCUCAUCCUGGACCGGAACCACAUAAUGAAACUGGACCAUCUGGAAAGGAGCCCAGGCCUUCAGCAGCUAUCUGUAGCCAGUAACCGUCUGGUGAGAAUGAUGGGCGUGUCUCGGCUGACAGAGUUGACAGUCCUCAAUCUUCCAAAUAACAGUAUUGGGUACAUCGAGGGGCUCCGAGAUCUGCCACACCUCAAAUGGCUCAACCUGUCUGGGAACAACAUUAAGGUCAUCGAGCAGCUCAACAACUGUGUUUCCCUUCAACACUUGGAUCUGUCGGACAACAACAUAUCUACCAUUGGUGAUGUGACUAAACUGGGGGCAUUAAAGACACUGUUACUCCAUGGAAACAGCAUUACAACACUCCGCACUAUUCCUGCUCACCUACCAGCCAACUUAUCCAUUCUCUCCCUGGCAGAAAAUGAGAUCAGGGAUCUUAAUGAAGGCUCAUACCUGGCACCUCUCCAUGAACUGGAGCAGCUGUCCAUUAUGAGCAACCCGUGUGUCAUGGCAACACCCUCAUUGCCAGGUUUUGAUUAUCGGCCGUAUGUCAUGAGCUGGUGUCUGAGCCUCAAGGUUCUGGACGGCUAUGUCGUGUCACAGAAAGAAGGUGUGUAUAAUUGUCACAAUUACAGCCUCAAAGCCGAGUGGCUCUACAGUCAGGGAAAAGGACGCUCAUAUCGACCAGGUCAGCAUGUUCAGCUGGUUCAAUACUUGGCAAAUGUUUGCCCUCUGACGUCAUCACCAGCCCUGGAGACGGCAGAAGACGCCAAACUGGAGAAGAUCCUCAGUAAGCAGAGGUUUCACCAAAGGCAGCUGUUAGAGGAGACUCGAGAAGGCUGUCCCAGCCCUCCUCGUCCGACUCAGCUGGACGUGGAGAGGCACAGUCCGUCACAUCCGGUCCCACGGGGGGGAGGAGCCGGAGAGGUGAAGCAAUUCAGUGCACUUACACCGGCUGCUGCUCCCUCAGUCCGGGAGACAGAGCCAGUUGUGCAGUUUAACACCUGGAUGAGCUGCGAUUCCCCUCACCCGUCACUGCCGGUGGUUCGCAGCCCACGGCUCGGAGAGGAGCACGUCUAUCUGGAGGACGUUCAGACGGAUGAGGAGAAACUCAACGGCAGCAUGCUUUCCUCAGAGUCCACCUUUCUGCCCUUCGCACCUGAUCCGGAGCUGCAAACGUCCCACUCUGACAGCGAGGAUGAGACGGAGACAUUUGAACCCGAUUCCCUGGCUCCGACGCGGCCAGCACAGCCCAAAAAGCACAACACCAACAAGACGCACCAUUCACCCCCGGCGGAUAAGCAAGAGAGGGGUCUCGUAGAGGAAGUUAUUCCUGGCGCAGCUACAACAGCUGAACCACUUGGCGUCAGAGUUGGCACACCUCAAAAUGACCUGGAAACAUCCUCUGACUUUGGUAAAGCUGAGAUGAAAGAAGCCCCCGAGCAGGAAGAAGUCGGCAUGCGUGCCAGUACAUCAAGUGCGAUGGAGGCAGACGGGGCAGCGGUUAAAAUACAGUCAUGGUGGAGGGGACGGCACACUCGGUUUUGUCACCCCAUGGCUAAAGAGGUGCGCAGUGAAAUCCGCCUGUGCAGGAUGCAAGACCACAUCCUCUCCCUGUCUGGACAGUUGGACAGGGUGCAGCAGCAGUAUGAAGAAGAGAGGUUACAAAGACUGGUUCAGGAGGAAGCUGUAAAGUUUCUGUGGAAACAGCUCCAGUCUAUGCAGCAGUGGAAGCAGUCUGUGGAGCAGCAGCUGGCUAGCAUUAGUCCGGCUGUCACCCCGGCUCACACCUCAGCUCCUGGACUAUACGUGGCCGUCCCGCCUGCUGCAUCCAGCACGGCGAACCCACCCACCACGGACGCCUCAUUCCCGGACUCUGGCUUCCAGUCAACAAGGGAUCAGCAGGCAGCGCAGGAGGACAGUUUCCUGAGCAGUGGGACAACAGACUCUCUGAAGACAGUGCGAGCCCUCAGCCCUGUUCACAGUGGCUUUGCUGGCGUUAGCGACGGUGCGGACAGCGCAGACUGCAGCCUGCUGGAGCAGUACCUCUCGUCUGUACAGCAGAGGGAAGAGGAGGUGACUAGUGACAGAACAGAAACAUCCUCACCAGUAUCACCCAGCAAAACAACACAGUCCGACUCCCCCACUCAGAAGACGGCAGACAACCGAUCACAAGUGCAAAGAAAGGAGGAAACCACUCCUGGCCCCGACUGAGAGUCUACACCCACAACUACUGAGCGUGUUUCAUUUUGACUGGAGCAUAGAGAUGCGUUGGGAUGAGACUCUGUCUGACACUCGUCUUGAUUAAUGACCCAGAUCUCAAAUAGUGGUGCACUUAGUUUCACUUGUUUAUCAAGACUGAAAACAACACAUAACUGUGAAUGUAACUCACUGUAACUCAGCUUUAUACAUUUGGAUCUGUUCUGUUAUUUAAUAAUUUCCUCUCUGUGUGAAGGCAGUGAUCGUGAUGUAGCUUCAGAACAUAUUAGUACCUUGAGAUCAAUCAUAUAUGAUGGAAUACUCUGAGUAGGUUGCUACCUCUACUGAUUAAAAGAGCAGGUAUUGCAGAUCCUCUUCUCGUUAUCAACAUCCGCUGUAUUAAAUACAUGUGAUAAACUAAUAUACUCUACAUGAAACAUCAAGCUUACUAUCAAUCAAUCACAUUUAAUAGCUAAACUGUUUUAAAUCUUUUGUUUCAACUUUAGAUCACAUCAUCAGAAAAUCCUGUAGCAUCUUUAGCUUGAAAAUAUGUAAAUAAAUUGAAAAUUAUUAUUUUCCAAUUAUUGUUAUUUGGUUUGUUGAAACGAUGAUUGAUCACAGCUGUGCUUGUCCUCCUAUGACUACCAGUAUUCAAAUCACUAACAUGCCACAGAAUCAAAAUAUGAAAUUACAAGUUAAAUUCUGCUUUGAAAAGUUAACUUGAGUAUUAACAAAAUGUAGGCUGUGUAACGUGUGCACUAUUAUGUUCUGGUCAUUGUUAUUGAUAUGCAAGUGGUACAAUGAUGUAGAGGUUGAGCUAAUUUGAACAAUUUCAUAUAGGUUUAGCAGUUUAAUCUGUAACAAUGGAUCAUAUUUUAUAAAUUGAAUAU